AUGACGAAGGGCGGGGUGACAACCGACGCGUUGGACGCAGAGCCUCUUCCCCCUAUAUCCCCACCACAGCACUCAGAUCCCCAUAGCAGCAACAACGGAAACGGGGCUCAUAUUAUCAACGGGACAGAUAUGGAAAAUGCGAUUAAGCCGGCUGAUUCUCCACAAGACGAGGAAGAUGAUUCGAAAUCCACUACUAGCGAGCAGGACAAUGAACGUGUUCGGGAAAAACUCAAAAAGACAUCUAUCGCAAAUGUUCGAUCCGACUCCUCCCUUGCUGGUGAACACGGCGAGAAGGACGAUGCACUGAGCAAUGCCGUCUCAGAAGCAGAUCAAGACAUGAGCGAUGGAAAAGAAGACGAUACUCGACGGCGGAGGAAGAGAAGUUUCGACGAGACCGAGGGCGACGGGGAUGGGGAUGGUGGUGCAAGGAUCAACGCCCCCGGCACAGGGUUCACGAACGGAAAAGGAACUCCACCAACACAUCCUGAAGAAGACGAAAUCAUGUCACAGGGUGAGGAGGAGGCAAGCACAUCGAUCACCAGCCCCCGAAAACUGGAGAGAAAGAGAGGCAGAGGCAGGCUCGAUGAGGAUGAAAAGGAUAAGGAAGUGGACCCCAAAAAGAAAAUUUCUAGGAAAGAGGAGGAAUGGAACAGAGUAGUCGAGAAGAGCAUGCCAUCUACGAACAGGGGAACCACAAGUGUUAAUGUUUCUACCUCUGGCAUGGCCAACGGCGGAGACCUUGUCACUGUUGAAACAGCCACUGUGAAGUCUUCAGAGGGAGAGCUCCCCACAAACAGCGGAUUUGCAAACACAUCUGCAAAGUCUCCCUUUGCCACUGCAGGUUCUGGCGCCAAGCCACUUUUCGGACCAGGUACCAGCGCUUCCGAUCUGUUCAAGAAUUCGAAAUUCGGCGCCGCAUCUUCGUCAACAGCGUCUCCAUUUGCAUCAGCGUCUCCAUUUGCAUCGACAAGUUCGUUUUCUCCAUCUCCAUUUGGUUCUAUAAAUGCACAGUCAUCUGGGUCAGCGAGUCCUUUUGGAGCUGGCGGAUUAAAUUGUGGCAGUAAGGCCAAGCCCUCCGGAUUCGGCACGGGGUUCAGCAGCGGAUAUGGCCCCUCUGGUUUUGCAGCCCUUGCCUCGAAAUCGGGUGAUGUUAUUUCGUCGGCACCCAAAUUAACGAAGCCGCUUGGUGGCAUCUCAGCGAAGCCGUUCGGAGCACCUGAUGAAGAUGACAAAAACACAAGCGACGAAGACGAUGAGGGAAGUGAUGGGGAUGCUGAUGAAAAGAAAGAGGAGCCCACAGCUGAUGAAAAGGCUGAAAUCUUCACAGAGCAAGAGGUUGUAACUGGUGAGGAGAAUGAGAUGACCAUCUUUAAAACCCUUGGCAAAAUUUUCUUCUUCGACAAAGAAAACAAACAGUGGAAAGAGCGCGGUCGCGGGACUCUCAAGCUCAACAGAACUAUUCCUUUCUCUGGAGAUGAUGAUGAAGAAGCAGGCGCUGGAGAGAAGUUUAAAGAUAGUGCGAGAUUGAUCAUGAGGACGGAAGGGACAUAUCUGGUCGUUUUAAACGUACCAAUCUACAAAGGCAUGAAAAUAGGCGGCGAUUCGAGUGGCAGCGUGCCAACAUCGAAUCAAUUGUACUUCAUGACCCUGGAAAACGGAACUCCAAUACAGAUGAUUAUUAAGUGUAAAUCAACAACUAUCGCGAAGGAGCUGCAUAAACAUGUUAGCGACUUGCAAGAAGAGUUGUUCACAUAG